UACUCCUCUAAUUUCUUCCAAAAUUUCUCGAAAUCGUCCGUUAAGCCUUCGCGAAGACGUUGUGAGCAGGUUAAUAUCUGCAAAAGGAUAUUCAUGGAUCAGUCUAUGAUACGAAGCUGAAAAGACGUACUGGAAACACCGAUACUUACCAUAUUGCCGAAACUCUUUUGCAGCAUACAAUUAUCGAAAAAUCGCUUGAAUUCAUUCGCCAACCAUUGGCUCUCCUUUCCUGAUGGAUCAUCGAAUGGAAGUAGAUUCACUAUGACAGUACCUAUAAUAAAGAUUCUGCACCGGUGA